AUGACCUCUAGUGCAACCUCUAGUUACAUCUUCAAAAAACUUUUGAAACUGAAAACUGAGGUCAUCCCCAUUCUUGACGUUGGAAUAAUGAAUGCAAAAGGGAUUUGGGAAGAAGUUCGAAUCAAGCAUGAUAAGGUCCCAUGGCAAAAGCUUAUUUGGUUCCCUCUUCACAUCCCUAAAUUCAGUGUCAUUGCUUGGUUAGCUAUCCUUGAUCGACUCCCAACUAGGGAAAGACUCUUACGAAUAGGACUCACCAUCAAUGGUCAAUGUAUUCUAUGCAAUGCUGCUUUUGAAACGAGAAACCACUUAUUUGCUGAUAGCAUUAUGGCAACUUCUCUUUGGAAUGGUAUUUUGCAUCUUUCUCUACUGUCUUUGCCUCAUAUGUCUUGGGAAAAUAAGCUUACUUGGGCUUAUUCAACUUGGAAAGGUAAAUCUCUCUUAACCUCAAUUAUGAAGAUUGCAAGGAAUGCUUUCAUUUACAAAAUUUGGGAGGAGAGAAAUAGACGCAUGUUUCAAGGGAAAUCAAGAACUGCUGAAGACUUGCUUGAUUCUAUUAAAGAAAGUGUUGGUGCUCAACAUAGAAAUAGAGACUUUAAUAGGCUUGACAAUGUUAAUAGGCUUCUUUGUAACAAUUGGAACAUAGGCUGA